AUGGUGAUUGCUGGAGCGCCCGAGUGUUCGCCAGUGUGCGCUGCCGUUGCGUCAACUGUGCCCGAAAGACCCCCGUCUGAGCGCGGAACGGAGACCACGGCGACGAAACCCCCGCUGCCGCCUGCUCCGAUGACCGCGAAAGCAGAUGCUGAAAUCCUUCAUCUCCCCGAACCCGGGCUUCAAGUGGUCGUGGCGCCUCCGUCUGCUCAGGCCGACCAGCAGGCUCGUGCGCCGUCGGUGUCACCUCCCGCUGCUCCCGCUGCUCUACCUGCUGUGACGGCCGAUGUUCCGGAUUCGGCUGCGGGCCCUCCCGCUGCCGCACCGUCCGCUCCGCCUGCUGGCGUUGCGCUGGCGGUUGUCGCGGACGCGGUGACGCCGAAGCCGGCGGUGUGUUAUCUGAUCCGCAGCGUCGCCCGCAAUCUCCUGCCCGCCGACCCUCUCGUCCGCACUCGCCCUCCCCACGCAAUGAGAGAGAGACAAUUCGGCGCCGGCGGGAUUCUCCUCGGCGCCGCCAACCGCAGGCGGGGUGGCCUGCGCAUCGCGGGGGGCGUGGUGGUUGGAGGGGGGGGUCGCGGUUACGGGGGUGGCUGGAGAGGCGAUGAUGCGCCAGCGUCGAUUGCAGACGUGCGGCAUAUCGUGACCGCGGCGAUUCGCGACGGUCGUACUGGCUCAGCGAGUCAGAGCAGUUCGCUGCGAGCGACACCGUCGCCCGCGGAUCCCCAUCGUGGUGUUCCUCCUGUGGUUGCCCCUGUGGCAGCUGAACUUCUUCCUGCUACGCCGGGUGCCCCGACCUCUGCUUCUCCUGGAAAUGCUGCAAGCGCUCGCCUCCGGCUUCCCCGGGUUCCGCCCGUGGCGGGAAUGGAAUUUGUAAGCACGGGAGGAGGAGUGGUGAGGGCGCAGUAUCCUCCCCUUGUUGCUGUAGACCCUGAUCCCUCUGCUGUGGAUGAGGCGCUCCCGUAUCUGGCGGAGGGACUCCUUCCCCCGUAUGUCCAUGUUCCAGAGGCAACGCUUGGGCAGCUAUGGUGGUUGUCGGAGAGUCUUCGCGUGAUCCUGUUGGUGCAGGUGCUGGCUCAUGCGUCUCUUCCCUCCCUUCCCGCAGAGUCUUUGCAGGAUGGGCCUCGUGAUGAUUGCCUGGACGCGGCUGACCAGCUCGCCCUCCUCCUGGCACCCGUGCUGGCCGCGCCCGCGCAGGGAGGGGUUGGGGCUGUGUCGCAACUGGAUGCUGCGGUCCGUGGCCUGAGGAGGUACUUGCGCGCUGGCUCUGGAGCCUCAGCGAUCAGCACAAGUACACUGGUGGUCCGUGAGGUGUGGCGGACGAUGCAGGGAAUUCUCCAUGCCCUGCAGGCGGAUCGGAUGUAG